AGCUUAUUUGCAUGUGUCGCAGUAAAGAUUAAGUGGAGUAAACACAAUAAACUAGUACAUUUUUAAAGUAUAAUAAUAUUUUAUGCUUUUAAAGUCAGGAAAAAUCAUAUAAAUUUGUAAUUUCAGAGUAAAAGCAUGUUCAUUUGUUGUUCUUUCUCUAAAACUGUAGCAAUUCUUGGUUUCUACAUUUCCUUCUUUCUUGACUAAACAAAGCAUUAGAAUAUUUUUUUUAUUUAUUUUACCUUCAUGUUUCUGUCAUAUUAUUUUGAUAGAUUUGGAAAAUGGUUGGCAGUCAGUUGCUUGCACAUUUUUUUUUUAUUUUUUUUUUUAAGUUUUGUUUUGAGGCAGGAGCACGGCUCUGGAGUUGAAGUGAAUCAGCCUGUCAUGGGAAAUCUCUGCUGCAUGGAAGAACCCCCCAGGGACUGCUCCCCCCUUCACAGCGCUGUGUCUCAGGGACAAGUCAGGGCAAACCAGAAAGACGCACUGAGGACUUCUAGGGUCAUGAUAAAUCGCAAUGACUAAAGAAUGCCACCGAAGGGGGCCUCGUUCAAAGACAUAUAUGUAUCUGUAUCUGUGUGUAGGAUUUCUGGGUUGAGGAUGUAUUGGGAAUAAGAUGGUUUGUAAGUUGAUUGCAGCUCUGCUGGUCCUUGGCAGAUGUGUCCUGUCAUGUCCUGGCUGCUCUGUGUGUGCCUCUGGGUCAGUCUGACUGCCAUCCAGCUCUGUCAGACCACUUUCUACGACACCAUCCACCAUCAUCCUGGGACCAGACCAGGCCGAACCACCAUUCACACCAUUGAGGGGGGCACAUGCGAAGUAAUCGCUGCACACAGAUGCUGUAACAAGAACAGAAUCGAGGAGAGGUCACAGACGGUGAAGUGCUCUUGUCUGCCGGGGAAAGUGGCCGGGACCACCAGAAACAGGCCUUCAUGUGUCGAUGCAUCGAUAGUAAUUGGGAGGUGGUGGUGUGAGAUGGAGCCUUGCCUGGAAGGGGAGGAAUGCAAGACGCUCCCUGACAACUCAGGCUGGAUGUGCUACGCCGGCAACAAGGUUAAAACCACAAGGAACACUCAGCCAUACACAACGACAACAUAUUAACAACUUUGCAAGGGAUUGCAAGGGAAUACCUCUGGUUCCGAGAACUGUCAGUGGAUCAAUUAUUACAAGAGACAAUGAGCCUAUUGUUGCUUCAAGAAAUGUCAACAACUAGAAGAUAGAAGUUUGAAAAAAAGAUGUAAAAUACAUUAAGCACAUCUUUCUCAAGGCUCCCAAAAAUAUCUGCUCUCCAAGCAGCCUCCGGGGAACUUCAUCAUAACCUUGUAAUGAAUCUAUUUCCAUCAUUUUUUUCCAACUUAGAGAUGGAGUACGACUGUCUGUGCAUUUGGAUUAAUAUUUGGAGAGUAACUGAAAACCCUCUUCAGACACCAAUGAGACAAAUGUCUAUUGCAAGGCACCAAACAGGAGAGGAGUUUAUCAAAGAACGUGGAAUGAGCAAGCGCAGAAGCUGACAGCCCUCAGGAUCUUUUUUUUUAUUAUUAUUUCUUUGUCUUUUUAAUAUUGCAGGAAGAAAAAUGUUGUACAUAAACUGUUUGUCUUUUCCGGUGUAAAUGAAAUACAUUUGUGACGGUGGUAAAUCUAACAUACUGUUACACACAGAACCUUCCACUGCUAAAAGGUUGAGGAGAUAGAAUCUCGGUGACACGAUACAGGUACGUCAUGAGGCUUAUGUUUUAGCAUUGGUUUUCUAUGGUACGUGUAAGACUGUGACCUCCUCUUGAGUGGCUGUACCAACCUUUUUGUUAACAUUUCAGCUACCCUAGAACAGAUUAGACCAUCAAAACGCCCAAUCAGUGGGUUAUGUUCAAUACUUAAAAUGCCUUAUUUGUGUGGAAUCAUUCAAAUGAUGAUCUUGUAGAUAUGAAGCAAUUCAUUACUGUGUGCAAAAUGAAUUAAAGUAAGUCACUGUUCCUGUUA